AUGAAUAAUAAAGCUCGUUCCAAGAAAGAGAAAUAUUUAUACAACCAAUACGAUCAAUGCUAUGAUAUUUUUUUAAAAAAAAAUGAUAUAACUAAUAUUGCUAUACCACAAAAAAAAUCUGAAGUAACAAACACACACAUACAAUUUGAAGAGAAGAAGAAGAAAAGAAAAGAGAAAUAUCCAUAUAGAAUAAUUAAAAUAAUAAAGGGCUAUAAAAAUGAAGAUAUUGUUUUUUAUUCUGUCAACAAAAUAAAUAAAAUUAAAAAAUAUAAUUUAUUUAUCAUUCCUUAUAAACAUAUAUCAGAAGAUAUAUAUUUAAAAAAAAAAAAAAAUUCUGUAACUUCAAACAUUAUAAAUAAUAAUUUAUCUUUUGUAGAAGAACUAGAAGACGAAGAAAAAAAUGUAACUUAUAUUUUAAAGAAGAAUCAUAAUUAUAAUCUUCUAAAAUAUAACAACUUUAUUAUUCUUGCGCGUCAAAAAAGAAAGAAAUAUUAUAAAAGUAAGAAAAUAAAAAAAAAAAGGAUAAAGAAAUUCAAUUAUUUUAUUCUGAAAAAUUUUUUCAUUAUAAAUAAUAAAAAUAAUAUUUCCUUAGAAUGUAAAAACAAUACAAAGCAUGAUGAUAAUAUUUAUUAUUACAACAAUAAGACUAAAAUAUAUAAUGGGGAUGUCGAUAAACAAAAUGAUCAUUUCAUAUAUAAAGAAUGUGAUUCAUUUAAAGAUAUAAUAACUUAUGAGAAUAAAAAAAGAUAUGAUUAUAAUGAUUAUAAAAACAUACCAACUUUUAAAUGUCGCUUGCUUAAUAUAUUAAUAAAUAAUAUUAAAUAUGUUUCUAAUUAUGAAUAUAUAAUUGAAAAAAAAUUAUGUUAUGAUUGCUACUGCUCAAUAAAAUUAAACAAAAUAAAAAAUAAUGUAGAUACAAAUAAAAAUGAUAUGAAUGAUCAUACAUAUAUCAAUAUAAAUGAAUAUAUGAAAAAAAAAGAAAAAAAAAAAAAAAAAAAAAGAGAUGAAGAUAUAAAAAAUAUAUAUCCUAAUAAAUUAAAUACAAAUGAAAAGAACAAUAGAAAAUUAAAAAAUUCAUAUAUUUUUACAUACGGAUUUUAUAGUAAAAAAGGGAAAUAUCAUAUGAAUGAAGAUUGUAGUUCUCAUACAUUAUUUAGUAGUUUUAAAAUAUUUCAAGAAAUAAAAAAAUUUUAUACAAAUAUAAAGAAAAGAAACUAUUGUUUUUUUGAUGAACUCAUGAAUGUAUUUGAUAAGACACAAAUGGAAAAUAAAAAAAAAGAUUUAUUGAAAUAUGAUACAUAUUAUCAUAAUGAUAAUAUGAAAUUAUCUAAGUUGUAUGUAAAACUAUGUAACCCUUUUUUUUUUCUUUCUUUAAAAAAAAACAAAAAGGAAAACAAUAAUAAGACAUAUCCUUAUGACAUAAUAUAUAAUUAUUUCUGUGAUGAUUUGAAUGAAAAAAAAAAAGAAAAAAAAAUAAAGAAAAAGAAAAAGAAAAAGAAAAACAUAAAUUAUAUAAAUAAUAAUGAUGAUGAUAAAAAUAUAUUAUAUAAUAACACAUAUAAUAUUAAGAAAGUAUCUAGUAAGGAACAAAUAAUUUCUAAUAAAAUUAAUAGUUCUAAUAACACAACAGAUAUUUUAAAUUAUAAAGAAAAGAAAUUAAAAAAUUUAAUGUAUAACAAUGAAAAUAAUUAUUAUUAUACUUAUGAUAAGAAUAUAAGACGUAAACAUAAAUAUAUAUUUAUUUGUAAAAAUUGUAAAAAAAAAGAAUAUAUAAAUAAAAAAAAAUCUUUCCAUGUUAAUUAUUUAAAGUAUUUAUUUAAUAAGAAAACUUAUUUAAAUAAAAAACAAAAAGAAAAUGAAAAAUAUUUCAUAAAUAAUAAAUAUAAUAUAUAUGAUGAGAACCUUUUGGAUUUAUUAAAUGAUAAAAAUAACUCUACUACUAGCUCAGAUGAGUUCCAAUUUUUAAAAUUCAAAAAAAAUAAAAAUAUAAAAAAAAAAAAUAUAUAUAUAUAUCCAAAUGAUAUACAUAAAGACAAACAUUUUAAUAAUGAAGAUUAUAUCCUAGAAGAACAUUAUUUGAAGAAACAAGAAAAGUCAAACAUGAUAUUUUUAAAAAAUUAUUUUAUAAAAUGUAAAACUUGUAGACAUUUGUCUAAAUAUGAUAAUUUGGUAAAUGAAGAUAUAUUAAAUAUAUUUAAAAGAAAUAAUAUUUUAAUGUCUCCAAUUCUUUUGAGUAGAUCAAAUAAUAUGUUACGUUCAUUGUUAUUAUCUUGUUAUAAAAAUAAAAAUAGGAAAAAUCUAAAGGAUUAUAUUAUUAAUUGUUUAUAUAUACAAUCUUGUCGUAAGGCAAGAAAGGAGAUAAAAAAGGAUAUCACUAUGGAGAAGAAAAAAAAAAAAAAAAAAGAAAAAAAAAAAAUAAAAAACGAAAAAAAAAAAAUUAUAGAAAAUUCUUCUGAUAACAUUAAUAUAUGUGAUACAUUAAAUCACAGUGUUAUGUCUAAUGCUUCAUAUUAUUACUCUGACCUGGAAGUCUAUACAAAGAAUCAAGUGCGGAAACGUUUAGAAAAGAAAUUAAAAAUAAAUCUUUUAAUAAAAAGAGUAAAAAGAUAUCAUAGGAGUAAAUCUUGUAAUAUAAGAAGAGAUGAAACAAACGGUAUAGAUAUUUAUGAUAUACACAAUGAGUUUUAUAUGAAUAAUUAUAAUAUAAAUAAGGAUAUGAUUUGUAUGGAUAAUAAAUAUAUUCCAUAUAUUAUAUCACAAAAUAAUUUAAAUAAUAAAGAAAUGUUGUUUAAACAUACCACAAAAACAAAUAACAUAGAUAAUUUAUAUGAUCAUUAUGAUAUACAUUUAUUUACCAUAUGCGAUGGACAUAGUUCUUGUCAUACAUCUUCAUUUAUAAUAAAACAUAUCCAUAAAAUAUUUUAUUAUCUUCUUAUACACACUUUUUUUAAUAUUUACAUGUCUUUGAAGUUGAUACAUCCUUUUCUAGAUUUAUUAUAUUACAAAUUGUGUUUGCAGAAUAAUUUAAAAAAAUCUAACGGCUCAUGCAUAAUUAAUGUUCUUAUAAAAAAAAAUUAUAUAUAUGUCAGUAAUACGGGGGAUAGUAAAUGUAGUCUUAUGACAUUUAAUUUGGAUAUAUAUGAUUAUGAAGAUAAAAAAAAGGGGCAAGAAAAAAAAAAAAAAAAAAAAAAAAAAAAAAAAUUAUGUGAUGAUAAAAAUAUAUGUGGUGAUAAAAAUAUAUGUGAUGAUAAAAAUAUAUGUGGUGAUAAAAAUAUAUGUGAUGAUAAAAAUAUAUGUGGUGAUAAAAAUAUAUGUGAUGAUAAAAAUAUAUGUUAUGAUAAAAAUAUAUGUGGUGAUAAAAAUAUAUGUGAUGAUAAAAAUAUAUGUGAUGGUGGAACAAAAAACGAAUUAAAUUACGAAUCAUAUAAAAUAAAUUCAAAAUCUAUUUCAUAUAACGAAUUGAAUAGUGAACACAAUUGUAAUAAUUAUUUUGAAUAUUUAAGAAUAUAUAAAGUGUAUAUGAAACAUUAUAUUAAAGGAAAUAAUCAUAAGAAGAAUGGUGAUAAUAGGAAGAAUACAAAUGUGGGAGAAGACCAUACAUAUAAUAAUAAUAAUAAUACAUAUUUAAAUAAAUGUGAUGAAAAUAUAUUUAAAAAUAUAAAUAGAAGAUUCCAUUGUGAUAUUCAUGAUAGUAAUAAUAUUUGUGAAAAUUUAAAAGAGACUAUUUAUGAAAUAAAUAACUUGAUUUUAAAAGAAAAAGAAGAGACACAAAUAAAUAUAGGCAACAUCCCUAACAAUAUAAUUCAUUAUAAUAGAUUAAAUGGAUGUUUACAUCCAUCAAGAGUUAUAGGUGAUUAUGAUAUAAAAAAAAGAUAUAUGAUAUAUAAGAAUAUAUUAUCUAAUUAUUCUAAUAUAUAUAAAUACAAUAUGAAUAAUAUUAAUUUUUAUAAUAAUAUUCAUUAUCUUUAUAAAUACAAAAAAUGUAAUGAAUGUAAAAAGAAUUAUAUAUUAAAUAGCUAUGGUAAGAUUAAAGACAUUAAUGAUUUGAUUCUUUUAAAAAAAAAAAAAAAUAAUAAUAAUAACUUAAAUAUAAGAAAUCAUCAUAUAAUAGAAGAAAAAAAAUAUAUAAAUCUGGAUUAUAAUAAGGAUGAUAAUAAUACUAUUCAUUCUGUUAACUCUUAUUUAAUAGAUAAUAAAAAAAAUAAGAAUAUUAAUGAUGAUUUUUAUGAUAUAAAAUAUAAAAAUAAUAUAAGAAAUAUGAAUACACAUUCGAAUGUUAUAAAAGUUUAUAAAGAAACACAUUAUAAUAAUAAUUACAAUAUGGAUGAACAAUCAAAUGAUAAUAAUAAAAAAAAAAAAAAAAAAUUUCAUUUAUAUCCAGAUGAACAACUUCUACCUUAUAUUCAUUUCAAACCUACAAAUUUAAAUAAAAAUUAUAUAUAUAAAUCGAAUAAAAAAAACUUUUUUCACUUAUUAUUAAUAGCUUCAGAUGGUGUUUUUGAAUAUAUUAAUCCUUAUAUAAUAUUAAAUAUUAUAAAAAAACAUAAAAGUAUAUAUACAAAAAUUCAAAAAAUAUAUUAUCUUUAUAAUAAUUAUAUUAAAUAUAUAAAUACAAAAAAUCAUUAUCUUAAUUAUAUUAUUCAUCAUCAUAAUUUUCUUAUUACAUCUAAAGAAUGUUUUGAAUUAUCUAGAGAUAUAAUAAGAACAACAAUUCGCAUGGGUAAUUAUGAUGAUAGUUCUUGUUUCUGCAUAUUUUUAUUCCCACAAUUUUAA